AUGGUUUCGGACGACGGGGAUCUCUCAUGGUCGGACCACCACAGUAACUCUUCAGACGACAACAUGCAAGACGACAUGCUGCUUCCACACCAACCAACCUCCCAAACGGCAGCGGCCUGGAUGGCCUCGACCAGCAUUCCUCACUCUCUCUCCGGGCAGCUGUCUCCCGUCAGCGCCGCCGUAGAUAUUCCCCAUUUAGAGCCGUCCGGCGACCCGACAAUCGUACACUCCGCAUCCUCGUCCUGCACCGAUUCCUGGAGCACUGGCCACGCCGAUACGUGCGAUGGAGACGAUGCUGACAACGACAUUGUAUGGGAACAGGAGUCGGACGACACCUUUGCCAUCAUACCUAAAAUAGAACCCACGGACGACGACGAUCUAAAGCUGGGCGAUGUUAAGGAGGCCCCAUUAGCGCAAACUGGAACUACCUUGGUCUCGGCCACAAACUCACUGAAGCAGAAGCGACCCCGAGGAAGACCACGCAAACAUCCUGUAGCAUCCAUCAUCAACCAGAGUAAGGUGACCAAGGGUCGAUCCAAGACGGGCUGCAUUACCUGUCGGAGACGGAAGAAGAAGUGUGACGAGGCGAAGCCGAGAUGUAUGAAUUGCGAGAAGAAUGCUGUUGUCUGCGAGGGCUAUCAUGAGAAGAAGCUAUGGAGAAGCGGCAAAGAAAAGGCAACAAUUGAUCACGUUGGGGAUGAGGAGUCGCUCGUUUUCACCAUGCAACCUCUUUUCAACGGCGUCGACACGAUCGAGGACAAGAUAUUCUGGAGACACUACGGCGUCCACCUCAGCAACGUCCUGACUGUUGAGGGAGAAGCCAAGAAUGCCUUCAAGGACAUUAUUCUUCCUUUGGCAAACCUUCACCAGGGCGUGAUGCACUCGAUCCUGGCCAUGAGUAGCAAACACAUCGACUUUGAUACACCGUACGGCGCCAAGUUACUCGAGAGAAAUCCGACAACCACCCUAGAAGCGCUACAGGCCCGGUCAGCAUAUCACGAGGAACAAGCGAUGAAGACUCUGUACGCCGACAUGAACCGUUCGGCGGAGGAGGACAUUGAUGAUCGCGAAACAAUCUUGUCGGCUCGCUACGCCCAAAUCCUUUGCCUCCUGGUCACCACGCUGAUUGAAGGUGAAUCUCAUGGAGCGCAUCGUGUUCACCUGAGCGGAUACAAGCAAUUGAUCCAAGAGAGCCCUCCAGAGGAUCCUGUUUUCCUGGCCUUCAUCAGCGAAUUCUUCCAGUACCACAUUUACGCGGACGAACUCCUCUGGCAUCCCGCGCCCAACCGUCCACGCUUGGCUUCCGAAGACUGGAGCCCCCUGGUUCCGUUGGACUCGCCUCGUCUUCUGGGUGUUGCUGAUGGCCUGUUCCAACAUCUCUGCCAAAUCACCACAAUCCGAAACGUCAUCCGGGAUAACAUUUACAGACGCGCCGAGACUGUCGUGACGUAUCACGUUCUGUACCGAGCGCAGGAGAUUCAAGAGGCUAUUGAGCAAUGGAUGCCUCUUUGGCCACCAGGUGAUAGCCGUCACAGAGUUGGGCUGGUUUACAAACACAUGAUGUUCCUGCAUCUCUUCCGCACAAUCUACCCUCCUACCUCUCCAGAGAGACGGCCCUCCGUCUACUCUAUAGCUACAUCUGUCGCCACCUCAACCUCGUCGUCUUCCUCCCGCCGGCAUUCGCAAAUUUCUAGGCCGUCUACGGCCACGAGCUGCGCCUCGUCUCCCGGCCUGAGGCCCAGCAUGGGUUCUGGGUUCCCCUCUUCGAUGCAGCUCAAACGGGAGCCAAACUCUCGAGGACCGUCCAGGACGAGCUCGAUGCAUGAGUCCGAUGCCGGGUCCUCUAGCUGCGCUGUGAUUGAUGAACAACGCCCAGCCUCUCCACCGCCGGUUCGCCGCCCGCAGCAGCAUGACAAUCGCAUCACUGCUGCGGUGGACGAGUCUCUAUCGAUCAUGGAAGGAUUCAAGCCAUCGGACCCAGCUCUUACCCUUUUGCUGAUGCCGAGUCUGGUCAUUGGUACUACAUGCUUCGACCCCACACAGCAAGAACGACUUCGAGGCAUCAUCCGGUCGGUCCGGGGCUACACUGGUCUUCGCAACUGCGAUAGAGUCCUCGAGGUCCUGGAAGAAGUCUGGCACCUCAUGGAGUGUGGCGAGUGGAUUGCUGUCUGGGACUGGCAGAGCGUUGCCAGACGCCUCGGACUUGAUUUCUUGUGCACCUGA